UAGUUGCGCUUCUUUAUUUGGACCACAUCUGUUCUUCUGAUAUUUUUCUUUUCUGCUCCAUACAUCUCUCUCUCUUUCUAACUUCCUAUUUAACCCAUUUCUUAUUUGUUUUUCUUUCACUGUUGGGCAGCACAUUUCAUUCUACAUAUCUCCAGGCCUCAUAAGAUUAGGGCUGGUAUUUUUCCAGAAAAUAUUCCAAGGUGAAGCAGUUUGGAGGUGCAAUGGAUCAUGGUGAGAAUCCGGUUUCAACAGAGUUGCAGGAAUAUGCUGAACCAGUUCCACAGCUCCUCAAACUUAUAUCAUCCAACGAAGUGGCUGGCUUUGAUAGCAUCAUGCAGGAAGGUGAAACGCCUGUUUUCCCAAAUCCAACCAAUAGUUCUCAACCCAAUGGUCAUCAGAGGAAGAUUUCUAUUUCAAUCAGCAUGCCUUCAUCUCCUACAGGAGCUACCUCAGCAGGCACCAAGAAUGUUUUAUUUGUUCAGGACAAUGCCAAAGGUUUCAAGAAUGGAGUUCCGGAAUCUUGUGUGGGUAGUAAGGCAAAGCCUAAAGGAGUCAAGUUUCUGUCUCAGCCAAUGCCCAAAGGAUCAGUGUUUGGGGAGGGAGCUAAUAUGAAUCAAAAUCCAAACGUCAAAAAGUUCAAGGACAAGAGGUUCGAUUCAUUCAAAACAUGGUCUGGGAAACUUGAAAGGCAGCUAACCAAUUUACGAGGAAGGCAGCAGGAAAGUGAAUCAGAAGACGACUCUGUGAGACCUUCAGAGAAUGAAGCCUUACCUGUGGACCGAUACUUUGAUGCACUUGAAGGACCAGAGUUGGAGACCCUAAGGGCUUCGGAGGAGAUUGUGCUUCCAGAUGACAAGACUUGGCCUUUCCUUCUUAGGUAUCCAAUCUCUUCAUUUGGUAUCUGUCUGGGAGUUAGUAGCCAAGCUAUUAUGUGGAAAACCCUGGCCACUGCUACCUCUACAAACUUUCUUCACAUCAGCCUCACUGUAAAUCUCAUCCUAUGGUGGAUAUCUGUCGCUCUGGUAGCCAUUGUUGCUUCCAUCUACCUUACCAAAGUGAUACUCUACUUCGAAGCUGUUCGUAGAGAGUAUUACCAUCCCAUCCGAGUCAACUUCUUUUUUGCUCCUUGGAUAUCUCUUCUCUUCUUGGCUAUUGGGGUGCCACCUUCAGUUGCUUCAUCCCUGCCUGUAGCUUUAUGGUAUGUUCUUAUGACGCCAUUCCUCUGUCUGGAGCUUAAAAUCUAUGGGCAGUGGAUGUCAGGUGGUCAACGAAGACUUUCCAAGGUGGCUAAUCCUUCCAACCAUCUCUCAGUUGUUGGGAACUUUGUGGGAGCACUAUUGGGUGCAUCCAUGGGGCUUAAAGAAGGCCCUAUAUUCUUCUUUGCAGUUGGAUUGGCUCAUUACACAGUCCUUUUUGUAACCCUUUACCAGAGACUUCCAACAAAUGAAACACUCCCCAAAGAGCUCCAUCCUGUAUUCUUUCUGUUUGUUGCAGCACCAAGUGUUGCUUCAAUGGCAUGGGCCAACAUCCAAGGCUCCUUCGAUUACGGAUCACGGAUUGCCUACUUCAUUGCCUUGUUCCUCUAUUUCUCACUAGCAGUUCGGAUUAACUUUUUCCGAGGAUUCAAAUUCUCAUUGGCUUGGUGGGCGUACACGUUCCCGAUGACCGGUGCUGCGAUUGCAACCAUGAGAUAUUCAAGUGCGGUCACAAAUGUAGUAACUCAAACUCUUUCUGUCAUUCUAUCUGUUGUUGCUACACUCACAGUAACAGCUCUGCUUGUGACCACUAUACUGCAUGCCUUUGUCCAACGAGACCUCUUCCCCAAUGACAUUGCCAUUGCUAUUAGCGACAGAAAACCAAAAUCUCAUAGGAGGUGGUUCAAUCUUAUUAGACAUGGAAGCUCAGAGCAUAAUGCAGACAUUGACACUUUCUUGAAAUUUGCAAAUGGCGACACCAAAGACAUAGAAGCUGGGCUGAAAAUUUCCAGUGCAGAAGCUAAAUGAGUUUAGAAACUUCAUGCAUGUGCCACUGUGAUCAGCCUUAGGUUCAACUUUCAUCAGGUUCUUGCCUCUUAAGCAGUCAGACAUGCGAGGAACGUCCAAUUUGGAGUUUUGAAGGUUUCCAGUGACCAUGUGUGUAGAGAGAAAGGAAGGUUUGUGGGAGUUUCAGCAGAGAGGGUGAAGGAAAGUGUUGAAUGUUUGAUUAGUUGUAAAUUGCAGAGUGUACGUGACAGAUGUUGAUGUAAUAAGUUGUUGCGUUGAAUAAAACUAAAGUUGUGUUUAAAAAA